AGUGAGCGUAGCUACUGUCACGCACUGGAGUGUGGUGCCAUUCAAUCUCAGAGGCUAGCCUGUGAUCUAAUUUACCCAGAGCUGUCACCUCAGGAGCACUUAGCUUUUAUAAGACGCUCGGGACUCGUUUUAACUCGUUGUUAACAGGCGACAAAGGGACUCGACAAAGAUGUCCAAAGACACGGAAGGAAAGAGUGAGAAAAUUAUGGAUAUGGAGAGCAAGGUUCUGUGGUACCCGGAUUCUAAGAGGAACACACUGAUGGAUAAGUUCAGGAUACAGGUCAACCAGGACUACGGGCUUAAUCUGGCCAACUACAGUGACCUGUACCAGUGGUCAGUGGACUCCUACCCAGAGUUCUGGGGAGAGGUUUGGCGCUUUUGUGGAGUCGCGAGCUCAAAGCCAUAUGAAGAGGUGGUGGAUGUAUCCAAACGCAUCUCAGAUGUUCCCGAGUGGUUUAAAGGAGCUCGGCUCAACUACGCUGAGAACCUGCUCAAACACGCAGACCAUGACAAAGUGGCUCUCUACGCUGCAAAGGAGGCAAAUGAGGAAAUUGUGAAGGUGACUUUUGGAGAACUGAGGCGUGAUGUGGCGUUGUUUGCUGCAGCCAUGAGGAAGAUGGGAGUCCAGACUGGAGACAGGGUCGUAGGCUACCUACCCAAUGGUAUCCACGCAGUGGAGGCAAUGUUAGCAGCAGCCAGCAUCGGAGCUAUUUGGAGCUCAACAUCUGUUGACUUUGGAGUCAAUGGUGUCCUUGACAGGUUUUCUCAAAUUCAGCCUAAACUGAUCUUCUCUGUUGCUGCUGUAGUGUACAAUGGGAAAACACACGACCACAAGGAAAAGCUAAUUAGUGUUGUGAAAGGUUUGCCAGACUUGCAGAAAGUCAUUGUGAUUCCUUACGCUCGCACCAAACAUGAAACUGACCUUUCCAAAAUCCCCAACAGUGUAUUUAUGGAUGACUUUUUGGCAUCUGGGCGUGGCGAGGGUGACCAGUUCCCUCAGUUGGAAUUUGAGCAGCUUCCCUUCAAUCAUCCUCUUUUCAUCAUGUAUUCCUCUGGAACCACAGGAGCUCCUAAAUGUAUGGUCCACUCUGCUGGGGGCUCGCUCAUCCAGCACCUGAAAGAACACAUUCUCCAUGGCAAUAUGACCAGCAGUGAUGUCAUCAUUUACUACACUACGUGGCACACACUCCCCCGCUGGGAGCUUCCUUGUCCAACCAGACUACUGAGCAGCUCCACUGGAGCACAUGGGAUUAAGGGCAAAGUGUUGGCAACACUGACGCAAAUUCUUUCUUCCUUUUUUUUCUUUUUCUUCUCAAAGUAUACGAGAACACUCGCUACUUUUGGCAAACUGAAUAAUGUUUAUCUUUUUUUUUUCUUCAUCAGCAUCACUAUCUUUGGUACCGGGGCCAAGUGGCUGUCUGUGCUGCAGGAGAGGAACCUGACACCCUCAGAAACACACAAUCUCCAGUCCCUCCACACUAUCCUGUCUACUGGAUCUCCUCUCAAACCUCAGAUCUACGACUAUGUCUACCGCUGCAUAAAGAGCACCGUGCUGCUGGGCUCCAUUUCAGGUGGCACUGACAUAGUGUCGUGUUUCAUGGGCCAGAACCCAACAGUUCCAGUGUAUCGAGGUGAGAUUCAAUCAAGAAAUCUCGGCAUGGCUGUGGAAGCCUGGAGCCCUGACGGUGAGCCUGUGUGGGGAGAGAGUGGGGAGCUUGUCUGCUUGAAGCCAAUCCCCUGCCAGCCAACACACUUCUGGAAUGACGAGAAUCAGAGCAAAUAUCAUAAAGCAUACUUUUCUACAUAUCCCGGGGUGUGGGCCCACGGAGACUACUGUAAAAUCAAUCCAAAGACAGGGGGCAUUGUCAUGCUGGGCAGAAGUGACGGCACGCUGAACCCCAACGGAGUCCGAUUCGGCAGCUCAGAGAUUUACAACAUUGUGGAGGCGUUUGAGGAAGUGUCAGACAGUCUUUGUGUUCCACAGUACAACGCUGACGGAGAAGAGAGAGUUAUUUUGUUCUUAAAGAUGGCACCUGGUAAGCCCUUCAGUCCAGAGUUGGUGACGAAGAUUAAAGGAGCCAUUAGAAAAGCUCUGUCUGCUCGACACGUACCCGCCCUGCUGCUGGAGACCAGAGACAUUCCUUAUACCAUCAGCGGCAAGAAGGUGGAGGUAGCUGUAAAACAAGUGAUUGCUGGUCGGGAGGUGACACAAAGAGGAGCAUUCUCCAAUCCUGACUCACUGGACCUCUACAAAAACAUUCCUGAACUGCAAAACUAUUAGAGAUGUGGCUUCACAGAGCUGAAGAGAGGGUCGGCAAAGACACGUAGCCUGAAAAGAUUUUAGCUUUGAUUUUAGACUAACUUUAUGUAAAUUUACAGGUACAGGGUGAUGUGCAAAGUUCAUUGAAUGGGUUCCUCAAACAGGCACCCUCCACUGCAUACAGGGCAAAAAGGUGAUGAUGUGUGUCAAAAUAAUAUAUAACAAUACCAAACAAGAUGUAUUAUAAUAAUAAAUUGAUGAUAUCAGGCAGACAGAGAGACAUAGUGUUCCACAAGUCAUCAAGCAGCUGCUCAUAGUCUACCGUACUGCACAAUUAAGUGUUGGAAAUGGAACACUGAAGGAGGCUUUGGAUAUAAUAUCGUGUGUUUAGCAGCGCUUGUGAAUAAGCUCAUGCUUUGAAGCCCUUGAAGAAAUGAAACGCAGCAUAAAGUGCUUUGCUUCUGCUUCACACUUUGAUUGUUAUCAGCUACUGAAGAACCAUAUCUCCCUGUGUCACCUGCCUGUAACCUUGAGUGGGUCCCUGAAUAAAAUCCAUGGAGGUGUGUAGAUAAAUACACCCACGCAUCUUGGAGUUACGCCUCAGCUUUGGCUCAUAUCACCAUAUCAUGUUUAUGUGGUGUGGAUUGCUAUCUUAAUGUGGAUAUAUUUGUACAUCAGUAUAUAUUUUGGGACUGUGAAACUGUGUUGACUUUACAGUUAUGCCUUUAACGAUAGCCACCCAAACUUGUUAACCAAAGUCAUGGAAGUUGUAUUAUGUUUGUGUAACAGUUCUAGUUUACUUAAUUCUUGAACAAGGGAGCCUAGAAAACUAAACUAAUAUAAUAUAAUUUAAUAUAGCUUACUAAUAACUAAUAUAGCUUUUUUUUCUGCCUAAAAAGCUAUAUCAUAUUUCAUACUUGAUUCUGAACCUUUGUUUUCGAAAUCCUCUAUUCAGUGUUGUCCCCCCAUCCAAAACCAGAAUAGGUCGUUAUCUAUCAAUCUGUUGUACCAAGGAUUCAGUCAAGAUGCACAUUUCUCAUUUCACCACAGAAGCCUGUUGUAUACAUUUGUUCCAUGAUUGUUACAACGCUAAGAAAAGCAUGUGUUGUACUUUGUACAUAGAAAAAUGAGUUAUUUAUUUAAAAUUUCCUAAUUAUAAUAACAAAUUCUGUAGCCUUGUUGAUGCUAUUAACUGUAGUGGUUUGGGCACUAGUAAAUCUGUAAUAAAACACAAUUCCUUUGGGUUUGAUUUCCGUUUUCCAUGAGAAGCAAAUACCCGAGCAGAGUGUCAAUUGUGCAAAGGAACAGAUGUCAGAGAGCCAUUUGAUCUAUGGAUAAGAAUUAAACUGAAAAAAAUAAAAAAUAGGGAC